AUGGGCACAAAUAAUGCCCUAAUUAAGUAUGGAGAAACACAAAAUUGGAUUGGAACAGCAGACAGAGAACUGAUUCAAACAUCAGCCUUAAAUUUUCUGACUCCUUUAAGAAACUUUUUAGAAGGAGAUUACCAAACAAUUGCUAAAGAAAGAAAACUAUUACAAAAUAAGAGACUAGAUUUGAAUGCUGCAAAAACCAGACUGAAAAAGGCAAAAACUGCAGACACUAGAGCUUCAUCUGAACAGGAAUUAGGAAUAACUCAAAGUGAAUUUGAUCGCCAAGCAAAGAUUACCAGACUUCUGCUAGAGGGAAUCAGCAGUACAAAUGCCCAUCACCUCUGCUGUCUGAAUGACUUUGUAGAAGCCCAGAUGACUUACUAUACACAAUGUUACCAGUACAUGAUAGACCUCCAAAAACAACUGGGAAGUUUUCCAUCUAAUUAUCUUUGUAAUAACAAUCAAUCAUCAAUACCACCUUUACCACCCACUUCAUCAAAUGUGAUUGUACCUUCUGUGAUGGCUUCAACAAUUGGUUUAGUAAUCACCUCUCCCUCCAACCUCAGUGACCUUAAAGAGUGUACUGGCAACAGGAAGGUGAGGGUUCUCUAUGAUUAUGAUGCUGCAAACAGUAGUGAAUUAUCACUUCUAGCAGCUGAGGUGAUCAUUGUGUUCAGUGUCAUUGGAAUGGAUUCAGACUGGACAAUGGGAGAAAGGGGGAAUCAGAAAGGCAGGGUGACAAUUACAUACUUAAGAGCUUCUCAAUGA